CCCCCACCCACGCCCCCGCCCGCGCCUUCGCCCCCGCGCCCGCGCCGCCCGACCACGGCCAGCUGCAGGCACGCUGGAGCGACGUCCUCAUGCUCACGCUCGGCGCCGUCUGCCAGCAGGGUUCUCCCACUGAAUCGCGUGGUGCCUCUGGCCGCAUUGUAAGCUUCAUGCUGUUUGUCCUCGUGAUCUUCCUCUACACUUCCUAUUCGGCCAACAUUGUGGCUCUUUUGCAGUCUUCUACAUCAUCAAUUCGCACGCUUUCAGACCUUUUACACAGCAGAUUGGAUGUCGGGGUUCAUGAUAUGGUCUACAAUAGACACUAUUUUAAGAUCGCGAGCGACCCCGUGCGGAGCGCGCUCUACCGCAAGAAGGUGGCGCCGCCUGGGGCCAAGGACCGCUUCAUGGCGCUGGAGGAGGGCAUCGAGAGGGUGCGCCUGGGGCUGUUCGCCUUCCACUCGGAGCUCAGCUCGGGCUACAACGUCAUCCAGCGCACGUUCCGAGAGGACGAGAAGUGCGGCCUGCAGACCAUCCCGUUCCUGCAGGUGGUCGACCCGUACCUCGCCCUCAGGAAGAACUCGGCUUACAAGGAGUUAUUCCGGGUCGUCUUCGUGAGCGUGGGCACCAUCGAGUGCUACCCCGCGCUGCUCGUGCUGGCGUACGGCGCGGGGCUGGCGCUGGCCGCACUCGGCGCCGAGCGGCUGCUGCGACGCAGGUGCGACGCCCCUCAGCGAAGCGAAACUCAAUGUGACGACCUUGUUGGUGCUCGGGAUCUAAAGCGACGUGGUAACGCCCAGAAGGCGCGUUCUAGUGACAAGCAAUAG